ACGGUCUUGAUGGCGAGCAAGAAAGCCAGAAAACACACAGGCUCCAGACAAAGAACAAAAAAGGAGUUCGUGUGCCGCUUCUGCCAGCGCCACUUCACCAAGUCCUACAACCUCCUCAUCCACGAGCGCACGCACACGGACGAGCGCCCCUUCCCGUGCGACGUGUGCGGCAAGGCCUUCAGGCGGCAAGACCACCUGCGGGACCAUAAGUACAUCCACUCUAAAGAGAAACCGUUUAAGUGUUUGGUGUGCGGUAAAGGCUUCUGUCAGUCUCGCACCUUGGCCGUGCACAGUGCACUGCACUCACAGAGUGAGAGGUUCCCGCGUGUCAACAGCAAACUCAACAGACAGGCCGAACGGUCGAGCAACCCUCAAGUCCCACAGACGGGCGGCCUGCCUUCUGAAGUGACCAGUUGAAAUCUUCACAUCAUUCUCUUUGAUCAGACGGACGCUAAUCGGGUGGCGGGGGCGGUGAAGGGGACGGGAACGCGACGAACGCUUACCUCCCUUUGUGCCCGUCCUACCCUUCCCUCCCCCUCCCCCCCCACACACACCCUCCCUACCUCCAGUCUGUGUUACAAGAGCAGCUUUUGUUGUGGGUAGUGUUAGAUGCUUCGGGUUUCCCACCCACCCAUCAAGGAGAAAACCCACCCGUCAGGGAUUCUGGUGUGAAGGGACGUUACUGCUGUCUCUCAAUUAUUUCCCCUUGGUCAUCACUACGGUAGCCCCACGUGCACAGAACGUAGUUUGUCUGCGGAUGUUGACGUUCGCAACGCUUGGCUACGCUUCACUGAAUCGCUCACAGUCUGUGUCCCGGUCUGUUUACAAGCCAGACUAAACUGACGAUUUGAAUUUGUUUUAUUCACUGCAUGUAGCAGUGAUUGGUGCUUUGUUACCCAAGUGGUGAUGUAGAUAUAUUUUCUUAACUAGAACCACUUACUGUAUCUGUAGCCACAGACUACUUCGGGUAGCCCGAGUGACCUCCUCAGGCCUGUUUAUUUGGAAAAUGAACAUCUCACUUUUGGGAAAGAUAAUUAAUUAGCUGUUUUUCAAUUUACUGAAUUUGUAUUCACACAUCUGCAGCGCAACAAAAAUGAAAACUUUUCUUCAUCUUUGACUUUUCACGGGUUUGAAAUGCACAAUGAAAAGUAUUUGGAGCGAUACACUUAUAUACACUUCAGUUAUUCGCUCAGUUUUAUCACUCACUCUAAAUAAAGCUUGGUGUAUGUCUUGUACUGUUUAAACUGAAUACACAAAGGUCCGGAUAAAACCAGGGAACAAGUGUCCGGAGGUAAUGUUUAUGUGGCAUGUACAAUAAAAUAUUGUCUUUUGUGUAGUCCUUUACUAUGUACAUAUCUUUUCAGCUAAACUGAAGUAUUGCCAUGGGACAAAUAUUUACCACAAUUGCGCAUUUAGCAAAUUCAGGCCACAAAAAUUGUCUCUAACUGCAAAAUUCACUUUGAAUAUUUUUCUUCCCAGUAAAUAAAUCUCAGGGCUUUGUAAGCGUUGUAAACUUGGAAAUACUCAUGUUUAUUUUGCAUGUUCAAAGCUGUAGUCUUUUUUUUUUCAGAUGUCUUGAGAUCGCUUAUUCUUUUACAGAACGUACUCACCGUAGUAGUCUCAUCCUGCUAAUUGAGAAAGGGGAACUACUAACAUCUUCCCUUGUGUAUAAACAUGUACUUAAAAUGUUCAAUUUUGCCUGAAAUAUUCACGUGUGUCUCAUGUGUUGGCUUGAACCUACAGCCUACUGUUUGUAAAUAAGCUUCACACUCGCAGUUUUCAUACUUCAUUGGUUUUAUUCGUUGUUUUGCCUGUUUUUAUUUUCGCUUAGUACUUCUCUCCAGUCACCUGCAUUUUUUUCUGAUCAAUACUCCAAAGUACGA